CAGGGCACGAAGUUAGGUAGCCAUGGAUCACUUGCUGUGUUGUAUAUGUAUAGAGAACUUGCAUGCCGCAGGCACCACGUUCCCUUUGAUUUUUCACAGUUCACAACAAACUUGACAUCAAUCCACAAUGGCUAUGAGAAAAUCAAGUGGCAGGCUUGCUUCUCAAACAACAAUGAUCAAGCAAAUGGUGAAGAGAUGCUCCAGUUUAGGAAGGAAACAACAGCAGCAAGGUGAAGACGUUCCAAAGGGUCACUUUGUUGUUUAUGUUGGUGGAGUUGGAGAGAAGAGAAGCAGGUACAUUCUUCCCAUCUCCUUCCUCAGCACACCACAGUUUCAGAUCCUCCUUCAUCAGGCAGAAGAAGAGUUUGGAUUUGAUCAUCAAAUGGGUCUCACCAUUCCUUGUCAACAACAUGUUUUUGAGUCUCUUACUUCCAUGCUCAGAUGAA